UUGAGACUGGUAUCUUCCGUCUUAAAGAUGUCUAAUCAGAUGACGCCAAUAAGUCUUAAUGUCGCGCUCUAAGUUUUAUUCAUUCUCAUUCCGGACUUAACAGAGAUACAUCGCAGUGAAAUGUCUCCCUGGAAUAAUAUGGUGAUUACCGGUUUCCUCACAGUGUUUCUUGCAUCGUGUGUUUGCAGAUUUCUUCAAGACCCAAACCCAAGCCCAAACCCAACCUCAGAUCUCUGUUCGUACUCAAGCUAUGAAAUCGGAUGUAGAGGCCGUGGACUUACUUCAAUCCCUCUCUUCAACUUGACACGUUAUACUGAUGUAUGCUUUUGGGUCAUUACCUUGAGCUACAACAAACUUACCCGUAUUGGGAACGAUGCCUUUACACAGCUGCGCUCUACGAAUUGUUCAUAUGAUAUACUUGCUAAUAACAACAACAUUUCUCAAAUUGACGAAAACGCUUUUCGAGGCAUUGGGUUAAGCCCAUGUUAAAGGAUUAUAUUUACAAUCAAAUAGUAUUCACUCGCUACCAGAGGCAAUAAGUGCGCUUGCCAAUCUGAACAUGUUAUUAUUCGCUGGAAACCCAAUUAUAUCAUUGAAUCUGUCGGUCAUGGCUAAAAUUGGACAUUCUGUAACACAAUUCAGCGUCGGAAUGGCUUCAUUCCAUCAAUGGCCGACCGAACUUCAGUUCUUACAUGAACUAACACACCUUUCGCUAUCCGAUAUACCUUUUCAGUUUUGGGAUUCAAGUGCAUUUCGUGGACUUAAAAAUAUGCUGUCGUUGAACGUAGUGGGCUCUAAUUUUAGAAAAGUACCAAAUGCAGUAUGUACUCUUUCCACCCUUAUAUCAUUACAGAUUGAUAACAAUUACAUUUCAAACGAAAGCAAGUCAGGCGUCUUUGAACCAUGCAGUGAUAUAGCGGACACGCCCAAUAAUACAACUAUAAAUUAUCAUAACAAUCGUGUUGAUUAUUUCCCAAACAUUUUGACAGUGUUUCCAACUUUAAAAUACAUGUUUAUGUCCAGCAACGGUAUGCGAUACAUGAAUGCUGAUAAUUUUACAGAAAAUGUUAGUGUAUUGACGAUUGAUUUAAGUGACAACCAGUUCAGGCAAAUUCCCAGUGGCUUGAAUACUUUCAAAAAUCUUACUUCACUGACACUUGAUCACAAUGUCAUCGAAUUCAUCGAGGACAAUGACCUUAUUGGAUUACGCAGUCUAAAAGAAAUUCAUCUAGCAGGAAAUCCUAUCCAGUCCAUCACGCCCAGGGCAUUUCACAACAACAUGAAACUCACGUACGUAGACGUGUCCCAGACGUUUCUGACCUCCAUACCUGCCGCCGUUACCACGUUACCAUCUCUGCAUACGUUACGUCUUGAAGCCAAUGCUAUCAAGUGCACAUGCGGACUGGCCAGAUUUGGGAUGAAUUGGGGAUGGAAUGCGUCUUCCAUACAAAUAGACAGGCUAUGUUAUCAAUCAAGUGCACCUAUUGCUCUGUUUAUCAAGACCAACAGCCGGUGCAGCACGUAACAGCCUCUGAUGCUACAACUUUUGGACACACAUCCACGUGAUUGGUCUUCAAAUAUAAAUAUGCUAUGUAUGACCUUGGGUUUGAUGUUUGCACAUUAUCGGCUGUAAAACAUUAUUAUCAUACAAUCCUCUACAUCAUGUGUCUCACAUAUAAUGGUAUUGGCAACACGUGUCAUAACAAUUUAAAACUAUUCCAGAUAUGAAAGAAUUUUUAGUUUAUAUUCUAAUUUGCGUGUAUUGUUUUAAUUCAAACAUGAACGCAUUUUUAGACAAGUGCUGCAUGUCAUUAAAACUAUGAAUAUUGAAAAGAACAGAUGUAUCGAGUAUAAUCAAAUAUUGAAAAGAACAGAUGUAUCGAAAAUAAUCAAAUAUUGAAAAGAACAGAUGUAUCGAGUAUAAUCAGCUUUUUAAGCUAUGAAUAUUGAAAAGAACAGUUGUAUCGAGUAUAAUCAAAUGUUUAAACUAUGAAUAUUGAAAAGAACAGAUGUAUCGAGUAUAAUCAAAUGUUUAAACUAUGAAUAUUGAAAAGAACAGAUGUAUCGAGUAUAAUCAAAUGUUUUCAUAACGAUUAUUGUUGUAUGUAAUGUUUGGUAAACUUGCUUUUUUAAUAUGACACUUAAAAUCCUUAUUUUUAUGUCUGCUUGCUAUUAAUUAUUCACGUCCACACUCAUUCGAAGAUGGAAAUGAUUCAAAAUGAAAUUAAAAUGUUUUAGUUAAUUUCAUGAAUAUCCGUAAUACUAGAAAAUAUUUAAUCAUUCAAGUCAUCUGUGGUGCAUCGGUAGUUCAAAUUAUAUUUAAUCAGUAUUGCUGUGUUUUCUCCAUAAACAAAUUGUGGUUGUAAAUUGGUGCUUUUGUCAUGUCUGAAUGUGCAUUGUGUAAUUUUGAUAUUGACACAAUUGUAAAUCUGUUCGAUGAUUAUUUAAUGUGUAACAUCGAUCUGUGUAUAUAGUGUUAUAUGUCUGAA